UUAUUUUCUUUCGAACAACACUAUAUUAUCAGUCGUCGUCGCCCUUUAACACUUAAAACAACCUGAUUCAUUCAUUCAUUCCUCCAAUUGUAAUCGAUCAAAAUAAAUCAAACCUAGGGCUUCGGAAAAUGGGUAGGAAGAAGGGAGCAGUGUUGCAGCACGACGGGCCUCCAGAUGAUUUCGAUCCGGCGAACCCGUACAAGGAUCCGGUGGCGAUGCUGGAGAUGAGGGAGUAUCUGGUUAGGGAGAAGUGGAUCCAGAUCGAGAAGGCUAAGAUUUUGAGGGAGAAGGUGAAGUGGUGCUACCGUGUCGAAGGGAUCAACCACCUCCAGAAAUGCAGACACCUUGUUCACCAAUACCUAGAAUCCACCCGCGGCGUCGGAUGGGGCAAGGACCACCGCCCCCACUCCUUCCACGGUCCUAAGGUUGAGGCGUCUGCCGAGUCUGUCGAGUAACUGGGUUCAUCGCCGCCGAAUAACUGGUCCCAAUAAUUAAUUUCAGGUAAUGAAGUUUACCGGUAGGCCAAGGCAUGUGGAGAGAUGUCCGCAUGUGAAUCAAGGUGUGUGUGUUUGUUGGGUUAUUAGCUUUUUUCGUUAGACUGCUACUAUCAAAUGUUUCCCUUUCAUUUCAUACAGACGUUCGAGGCCACAUGGCUAACUCUUGCUUUGAUAUGUGGUCUUUUUACUUGUCAAAGUGAUGAGAAUUUUAAAUCAAAUUUAACAAUAAUUGAUGUCUCAUAAGUUCUUACGUUCUACAUUAUUGUUAUUUUUAUUUCGGGAAUAUCAAGUUGAUUUUGUUUUUACUGUA